AUGGCUCUAACAAACAAAGCUGCCGUUCUGAUCACCAAAGCUUCACCCUUGGUGGUCCAAUCUGUGAAGUACACCACAGCCGGUGAGAAUGAGAUGGUUGUGAAGAAUGGGGCCGUGGCUGUCAAUCCUUACGACUGGAUCAUCCAGGAAGCACAGAACUUUGUCGUCCCAUGGGUCAAGCUACCUUUCAUCCUAGGUACCGACGUAGCAGGAGAGAUCGUCGAGGUUGGAAAAGGUGUCACGCGCUUCAAAGUGGGAGACCGUGUCGUCGCUCAUGCAACUGGUCUGAACAAGCCAAUUAAUCUCAUCUCCCAGGGUGGUUUCCAGGAAUAUACGGUACUGCGCGACGAUAUGACUUCUCCUAUCCCCGGAUUUAUAUCAUACGAGGCAGCAUGCGUGAUGCCACUAGGCUUAUCAACCGCUGCAUGCGCUCUUUUUCAAAAAGACUACCUCGCACUUCCUUUUCCAACUACUUUACCAACCCUCUCAGGAAAAACCCUGUUGAUUUGGGGUGGCGCUACCAGCGUGGGAUGCAAUGCGAUUCAGCUUGCAAGGGCUGCAGGAUGCGAAGUCAUUACAACGGCGUCCCCCAAGAACAAUGCCUACCUCAAGCAACUGGGAGCAGCCGAAGUGUUUGACUACCGCAGUCCCACCGUCGUCCGCGAUAUCAUCGCAGCAUUCAAGAACCGGCAAGCAGCAGGCGCUAUAAGCAUUGGCACCGGCUCAAUAAAAGCAUGCAUAGAGGUCCUCGGUGCAUGUCAAGGAACCAAAUUCGUCGCGCAGUGCAGUCUAGACUUCCCCCCUUUUCCGAAAGGUGUGUUCGGGUUUCCACCUUUUCUUUUCGGCGUUGCAACCGAGGUGAUCUCGGGGACGGUCAGGUCAAGAAUGAAGGGUGUCAGUACCAAGUUUGUUAAUGGGGGCGACUUGGUGGGAAAGGAGGUUGGGAAGGCCAUUUAUGAGGACUUUUUGCCCAAAGCGCUCGAUGCAAGGACGUUCGUGCCGGCACCGGAUCCUCAUGUCGUAGGAAAAGGUCUUGAGUGGGUGCAGGAGGCUAUGGACAUAAACAAGAAAGGUGUUUCUGCGAAGAAGAUAGUGGUAACUUUGUAA